AUUUUUGUGGAGCCGAUGUCCCGGCGCGGAGGGGCCUGUGGGCGGGGCGGGCAGGGCAGGGCGUCCGCAGAGCGCCGCCGGCUGGAGGAGGCGGUGUCUGCCCGGCUCAGCCACGAUCUCCUCAGGCUUUACAAAGAAGAAAUUCACACAGAUGUCACUUUUUGCAUUGAUCGACAAUUGUUCCGAGCUCACAAGGCGGUGCUUCUGGCCAGGGUACCCAACUUCUACUUUCACACUCUUGGAAAACGGUUAAAUCAUUUGGAGAACCAUGAACCUGUCCCUCUGGAAAACAUCGGACCUUCAGAAUUUAGAACAUUUUUACAGAUUGUAUAUUCAUCAGACAAGAGCGUAAAGCAGUCGGAAGAGGAAUUUCUCAAGGAGAUGCCACCGGAAACUGAAGCGGAAAGCCGGGUCCCCGCGAUACGAGGGGAGGAGCGUCUCGAAAUGGCCGAGCGGCCGCCUGCCCCUCCGGGCUCUCUCGCGGAGCCUCCCGACGGAAACGCCGGUUCCUCUUUGGCCCGAGGUGGAGUUCCGGGGAGAGCCGGCGGGACCGAAAGCCACGUGGUCCCCGAAGAUAAUUCUGAACUGGAACCUGCUUCUGAAUUAGGAGAAGAUUUACUGAGACUUUACAAGAAAUGCUACUGCCCUGAUAUUGAUAUUUGGAUUGAUGGAAAAUGUUUUCAAGCUCAUCGGGCCAUUUUAUGCGUCAGAUCUAGUUACUUUGCUGCGAUGUUGAGUGGAUGCUGGACUGAAAGCUCUCAAGAACGCAUCACGCUUCAAGGCGUGAAGCCUACGGAAAUGAAUGUCAUGAUGUACUUCAUCUAUGGAGGAACGUUAGGUUUCCCAAGCCAAGCUAAUGUAGGUCAGAUACUGAACAUGGCAGAUAUGUAUGGAUUAGAAGGAUUAAAAGAAGUAACCGUUUAUAUUCUAAGAAGAGACUACUGCAAUUUCUUCCAGAAGCCUGUUCCAGGAAGGCUGGAAUCUGUUCUAGAAUGCCUGAUUAUUGCUUAUUCAGUGGGAGUGGAAAGCCUUUAUGCUGAGUGUAUGAAGUGGAUUGUUAAACACUUUGCAAGAUGUUGGUCAGAGAGGAGCUUUGCAAGUUUACCUCCUGAGAUUCAGAAAAGUUGUCUGGAUAUGUUGAUUCAGUCUUUAAAUGAUAAGAAUGCUGCUUUUCUUUUGAUGGAAAGUGACAGACUAAUCAUCAGUCUUCCCAGAGUGAAGUGGACCGAAGCAGCAUUGGCCAUGGCGUCCAGAUUACAAGAAGAAUGUAUCAUGUUCAUUGUUGCAAACUUCUCCAAGAUCAUAAAAAGUGAAAACUUUGCCCUUCUGUUACAGUCACAAGCAAUGAGCAGUACAGCUGAUCUUUUGGAACAAGUUUUUAAAGCAAUCGAAAAAAGCAUCACCAUUGAGAACAGUUGCUCUCUCCUUAUGGCUGUGGAUAGUCUUCUCAACUCGGAAAACGCAAAGGAAAUGGGUUUUACGGGCAAGAUUCAGACUCUGCAUGAUAAGCUGUGGAUGUUCCUGGUUCAGUCUUUUUAUGCCGUUCGUCACACGGAGAGCUGGAAUCUGAUGAGACCAGAUGAUCAAAAGAAAAUACAAGCAGCUGCCUUUGACAAAGGUGAUGAUCGAAGACUUGGCAAAAAACCCAUCUUCAGUAGUUCACAGCAAAAUAGAUCCAUUUCGGAUUUUAAUGAUCUGAAAAACAGACCGUGGAGAAAAAAGGACAAGCCAAAUAGUUGGAAUCUUUCCUCCGUUGAUCAGAAGAAGAUGAAAUCUGAUGGAUUGGGAGCUUCUGGACAUGCCUCGAGUUCUAACAAAACUACGAUGAAUAAGACUACAAAAAAUGACGAUCUGAAAGGAAAAGACACUAAGAAAGUAGCUUCCAAGAUUGCAAAAGAUUUUAAAACUGGGGAAAAAGUCGUUUCGGGAAAGCCUAGAGCAGUUAUAAAGUCCAAAGUAGAAAAUAAUGAUCAUUCUAAAGCUGAAAAAUUGUUAAUCAGACAAGAUUCUGAAAAGUCGUCCGCCUCAAAUGGACAGAGGGGUUCAGUAAGUGGGAAGGAAGUAAAAAAUCAGGAAGGAAAAAGUGUGGGUGCCAGACCUAAAGUAGCUCCUGGAAAUUCAAGUUUGCAAACCAAAACAAAACCUUUGAAGAAAGCCACAGGAAAGGAAACUCCCUGUAGAGACCCAGAGGGAACUUCCAGCAAGUCAGUACAUUCAAGUUUGGAUUUAUUGACUCCCAGCGAAUGUCCCGAUGAACCAAAAGAGAAUGACUCUUUAGGGGAAGAAAAGUCGAAGGAGACGUCUCCUUGCAGGUCUUUUGAAGCCGAGCAGAAACUGAAAAAUCGCUUGGAGAAUUGCAAAAGCGCCGGAGUGGCGGUGAAAUCAAGGCCUGUUUCCAGGGCUUCCAGUGGAACUUCCAACAGGAAAAAGAUAAAUGAUCUUGAGAGUAAUGUAACAAAUAGUAUAACAAAGAAGGCCUCCGGCAAGGGGAGUAAUGAAGCAGCCCCUCCAGCAGUUUUGAAGAAAAAAGGAAACGGGAACGGUGGUCCUGCAGUUCAGCAGAGGGUGAAGAGUGCCUCGCCUAGUCUCUCUAAAACCCAAGGGUCUCCGGGUGAUUCACCAAAUUCACAGAAAUCCGGUGUAUUUCCUAAACAAAGUGAAGAAAAUGGGACACAUUCAGAUAAUCCAUCUUCAGAUAGACAGUCCACCAAGAAAAAGAUCGUUAAGCAAGCACACCCACCACUGGCUAACAACAAUUCAAAAACAACGCCUAAGAGUCAAAUUCAGUCAAAGAAAGGUGAGCUCAGGAACAACAAAGAUCAGAAACAAAAAUCAGGUCUCGGACAGCCUAUAGUAAAGUCCCAGUGUUCACCUGAAAGAAAUUCAAGGAGCGAGUCACCUGUGAUCCAGAAAAAUACACAGAGUGAUGAAUGUAAACAUUUCAGCAAGAAGCCUGAACAAGCUUUACCCGAUAGGGCCUUCGAACACGAUAUUAACAGAUGUAUCCUUUCAAAACGAAAGCCCCAGGGAUUAUCAAAUAAUUCUACAUCUGACAUCAAUGGAGAAGAAGCAGUUCCUCUACCCUUAUGUCAGGCUAACCCUCCAAAGCCAUUAAGUUAUCUGCAAAAUGGAACAUCGACAAUCCGCAACCGUGAACCAUCUCCUUUUGCAGACGGUCAGAACGUUCCUAAAUUGAACGAAUCGUCGAAGCAUGAAAUGGAGUCAAAGACUUUUCAAGACGAAAGCGAAAGAAAAUGUGCCGCCGGAAUCACGAGUAAUGACGGUACCCCCGGAUCUCCUAAUCGUUCAUCCCGGAUUGCCGAUACAAGCUCUGAAUGUGCUGAUCCGAAGCCCACGGCUUCGAAUUCAAAUGAAAAGUUCCCGAAGUGCCAACCCGACGGUGACUUAAGGAAGAGCAGCCAUUUAAACUCCCCCGAUUCAAGCCAAAUACCCCCAGGCCCUGAAAGGGACACUAAUCCGGGUCAAAGAGAUGCAGGUCUGAAACUGGACGUUAAAUUAGGAGAAGGCAGGGGUCUCGUACAAGUCGAGAGCACACGUAAAACCCGCGGAGGAGGAUCGACCGAACUGGGUAACGAAUCCACGUCGCCUGAAGACGGGAUUCUUUUGGGUCAGUCUCGUGUUUCUGCGAAAUGCGGGGCGAAAUCUAGAUCGGAAAAGAAUUCACCUAACGAUACGGAUGGUACCGAGACCCCGGAGAGCCACGGAAACCUGGAAACGCCCUUCCUAGAUCAUUGGAAUUUGAGUACGGGCAUACUGCUCCAAAGGGAGAGCCCCGAGUCCGACACCGGCAGCACCACCACGUCAUCGGACGAUAUAAAACCUAGAUCCGAAGAUUACGAUGCCGGGGGCUCUCAGGAUGACGACGGCUCCAACGAGAGGGGAAUUUCAAAAUGUAGCACUAUGUUAUGCCACGAUUUUCUUGGGAGGAGCAGCAGUGACACCAGUACCCCGGAAGAACUAAAAAUGUACGACGGUAGUUUAAGAAUCGAGGUCAAAAUGAAAAAGCAGAGCGGUUCCGAUCUCUUCCAUAUCAAUUCGACGAGCGACGACGAGAUACCUCGGAAAAAGCCGGAAAUCUGGUCGCGGCAAGGUCCGGCCGUGGGCCGUCCCAGGACCGGCGAGAGUAUCGCCCGUGGCAACCCCCAGUUCUCUCAAGAAGCGGACCAGGUUUCCUCCUCGGCCGACGAAACCGAAGACGAGAGGUCCGAAGCCGAAAAUAUUUCAGAAAAGUUUCCCUCCUCGGAUCCGGCCCCUCAGCAGUUUCACGGCAUCGUCAAUUUGGCUUUCGAAGACGCGGCUGAGAGCGAACUGCACGGUCAGGAGUUUUCUGCGACGAAAAACUUUAAGAGGUCAGUUCUGCUGUCGGUCGACGAAUGUGAAGAGCUGGGCUCAGACGAGGGAGAUGGUCCCACUCUUUUUCAGCGUCCCCUGGAGUCUCUCACUCCGGAGGUAUUUGACGGGGUGGCAAGCGACUGUCCCGCCAAGGCCCUUCCUAGGUACGGACUGGAAACGGAAGAUGGUUUUCUACAGUGCCGAAGACAAGCGAAAGAGAAAGGGGACCGAGGGCUUAAAAAUGGGUCUUCUGCCCCAAGUCCUAACUGCCCCGAACCCGUAGCCCAGAAUAAACGGGGCGCUUGGGCUCCCGAGAAAAACGGUCACAGGGAAGUCCCAGACGGGAAUGGCCACCCUGAAGGUCCAAAGGCAAAUACUAAAAUUGCCGAGGUGAGUGAAGCCCGUCAGAGCCACAGACUCUUGUUAGACGGUGAAAUAAAAUCACAAGAAAGACCUUGUCGCUUGGAGCUGCAGCAGAGAGAGCCGCAUUGUGACCCAAAGAACUGUUCUACCAGAUCGUCCGAGGCCUGUAGGAAUCAGGGACUGACUCACGGAGAUCAAGUCAGGGAGAGCCUCUCUCCAUCUCCCGAUAGCACUAAUACCCCUGCUUUGCCUGCAGGAGACAUAGAUGAUUGUGACACAUUGGCACAAGCCUGCAUGUGUGACCGGCGACCUUCAAAAACCCUGUCUCCCAUUUACGAGUUGGAUGGUGCGGAAGCUUUCGAUCAGAGAGCGGAGUCAGAAGCCCGAAUUACACACCCGGAUUUUGAAGAAGAUCACCGCUUUGCCGAGCGAGAUUGGACGCUGCUUAAGCAACUGCUUUCCGGGCAGAACUCAAACCUAAAUAUCAACAGUUCUCUUCCUGAAGAUGGAAACUUAGCACAAUAUCUAAUAAGUCCGACCCCGCUUGUCGCACGAGACAGUUCAACACCUCAGAGUAAAGCACAGGCUGACACUUUCAGCAGUCGGAGGGAACUCAUGUCUCCGCCUGACGAUCCGUCAACAAGCCUCCCGGUGACAAAUUUUUCCUCUGAAGAUUCUUAUUCUCCCCAAGGAGAAUGGACGAUUCUUGAACUGGAAACACAGCACUGAAAUGACCAAAUUUUGGAAACGGGGUGAAACUUUGUUGUCUUGUAGUCACGUAACAGUAACCUGCAUACAGGCCCUUGAGGAGAGAUGAUUUUUUGUUUUAUUUCCUUUCCAGUUUGAGGUGAAUGAGCAUGAGCAAUCAUGGAUGGAGGGGGAGGCUUCGAAGUUUAAGCGGAUGCUUUUUCUAAAAAAUUUAAGCAUGUUUUCUCGAAUUCUGAAAAAGAUCAUUUGGCUUCAGCUCUCCUUCCCCAGCCAGUCAUUUGUUCACUUGUUCCUUAUUAAGUAAAGCCAUAUGUUUUUGUUUGCUCUGCAUAAGGUAACAUGAUCUUCAACAAUAAAGGAUUCACUGUGCUUGUGUCUGUUUAA